CAAAAACCACUGAUAAACUGUUUAUUGUACAAUUUUGUCAUUUUGCCAAACGCUUCACAAGGCAGGAUGGUGUCGUUCCGAUCCGCUUCUCAUCGGUAUUUUCCGCCCUUCUCCGUUGGUACUUCGAUCAUUUCCGCCCACUGUCGCCAUCUGCUUUCUCGUCCUUCUCCAAUCUCCGUGUUGUUGUUCCCGGUGACGCGGCGGAGGUGUAGCCUGACGCGGGCUCUUACGUGUCGGCCAGAAUAAAAGUGGAGCUCCGGAGGCCCGGGAGUGACGAAGGGAGUCUGUAUCGCUCAGCCAAUGAAGAUGGAGUCAGCAGCAGAGGCUCAGCAGGGGGCGGAGACUGCUGUGACUGAGACCGACAACCAGCAGAUCACCCCGGCACAGAUCGCCACCUUGGCACAGGUAACCAUGACAACAGGUCAUGCGUCAGCGACAGGUCCCACGGUAACGCUGGUACAGCUUCCCAAUGGACAGACGGUUCAGGUCCAUGGUGUCAUCCAGGCUGCACAGCCGUCUGUCAUCCAGUCCCCACAGGUCCAGGCUGUACAGAUCUCCACCAUAGCAGAGAGUGAGGAUUCACAGGAGUCAGUAGACAGUGUGACUGACUCUCAGAAACGCAGGGAGAUUCUGUCACGACGCCCCUCAUACAGGAAAAUCCUCAACGACCUUUCAUCCGACGCACCAGCCGUCCCUCGUAUCGAGGAGGAAAAGGCUGAGGAGGAUUCAUCCGCUGCUGCCGCCACGCCCUCCAUCACCACUGUUACUGUCCCCACACCCAUUUACCAGACCAGCAGCGGCCAAUACAUUGCAAUCACACAGGGCGGAGCCAUCCAGCUGGCUAACAACGGUACAGACGGAGUCCAGGGCCUCCAGACUCUGACCAUGACCAAUGCGGCAGCAGCUGCUCAGCCCGGAGCCACCAUCCUCCAGUACGCACAGACCAGUGAUGGACAGCAGAUACUGGUUCCCAGUAACCAGGUGGUAGUUCAAGCUGCCUCAGGUGACGUCCAGGCCUAUCAGAUCCGAGCAGCCCCCACCAGCACCAUCGCCCCUGGGGUGGUCAUGGCCUCAUCCCCCGCCCUCCCCACCCAGGGCGCCACUGAGGAAGUGACUCGCAAAAGGGAGGUCCGCCUCAUGAAGAACAGAGAGGCAGCCCGUGAAUGUCGCAGGAAGAAGAAGGAGUAUGUUAAGUGUCUGGAGAACCGAGUGGCCGUCCUGGAGAACCAAAACAAGACUCUAAUUGAAGAACUCAAAGCCCUUAAAGACCUUUACUGCCAUAAAUCUGAGUAAUUCCUGUCCUGAACACCAAGCCGGGCCAAGUAGCAUUUCAGUCCCUUCAAACACUUUGACUGUUUGACUCUGCCUGCCUGGCCUUCCAGUUUGCACACAGCUGGCUCUUUUUGAUGAAGUCGCCCUGAUCCAGUUCUGUUUAUACUACCUUCUCUCCAAUAGACUGUCAGUAUGAAUUUGAAAUGCACAGUUCUUCAUUAUCAGUACACUACAAACACUAGUGUGUACUGUCUUCCAGGUCUGAUGACAGACAUUGGCUAAGUGCUAACUGAAACGUUGUAGUCUAAAAACACUAGCUACGGUCCUGUGCAACAUCAUUCAGAUGGUAAAAUCAGCUGCAUGUUUGACAACAACAUGUGGCUUCACCUACAUCUGCCUGUGGGUCAGUAAUUAAUAAUCCAGUAAUUGAGAGUCUGCAUCUUAUUGCCAUAGUUUUGGUUACUUCACACAUAAAUUAACAUAACAUUGCACUCAUCACCAUUAUUGUAGAGAUUGUGGACAGAAGUGCUUCACUGAAAACCGUGUGACAACAGAGUCUAAUGAGACAGAGGAAAUAUUAGCCUUAAACCUUCUUUCAACAACAAAACCUUUUGUCUUCAUGGCCUUGUUCAGUUGGACGUUUCACUUUUACUUAAUUUUUGCAACAAAUUAAUAAACUUCCAUAAUGGUUUUAUUGGGAUUCUACAGUAACUUUUAAUGCUACCUCUGUUUAGACCUCCAAAUAAGUGUCUUUAUAGUUGCUGUCUGAGGCUCAUAUUUCAUUAGUCUCCUUGGAUUCCAAUGGUGCAUUCAUGUUCACUAUGCAAGCGACAAGUUGUCCUUGAGGCAUCGCCGUUGUUGCUAUGGUUACCUUCAGUUUAAUCUACCUUGUGCAAUGAUUUAGAAUGAUUAAAGGUGUCAUGAUACAUGAUUGUACGGACAGCCAACCAGACAUUCAUAUUUUUCGUUGUCAUGGUAUAACUUUGCAUUCAACGGUGGUGAGUUCAGUGUUACACAGCACACAGCCACAACUAUGACAGCAAGACUCAGCUUUGCUUUUAAUACGACUGAAAUUGAAUACAUUGAAAAGGCAGCGACUGUAUUUGAUAUUUUUGCCUGCUUUAUGCUACAUUUUACAGUAUGUUCUGUCUAUACUUUAUCCUAAAUCAAGUCGUACAACAGUUGAGACUCAGAUAUUACUGUAUCAGGCAAGCUCAGUCAGUUGCAGUUAAAGACUUUGAAUCACUACUUGAUCCAUAUCCUGAUGUAAACCGACUUUUCACAAAUAUGGCCAUUUGCAUAGUGGACUCUUCAACCAACUGGGCACAAAAAAAAAUUUUCUAAAUGUUUUUAAAGAUGCUACCAACUGCCUACGGAGGGACUGUGUACAGUAUGUCAGCAGACAGUGGACCAACACAGUCCAAUCUGUUAAAAAAUGGAUGAAUUGUACACGGUUUUCAAUUCACUCAUUUAGUUUUUCUGCUUCUACUCAACACAUGGUUGUCAGAUCUGCUAUAAAAAUAAGAUUAUUAGCAGGCUGAGGCACAAAUCUCAAAAAACAUUGUUGGUUUUAUAACCUGGGCUCUCAUUUUUUAUAGUUUUUUCCUAUUGAUUAUGGUAACAUUUUAUUCACUAACUUAACUACUGAGGUCUGUGGAUGUAAAAAAAAAGAAAAUCCAGGAGGGCAGCAACACAAGCAGCCAUAUUAUCUAAAUUAAAUUAUUUGUGCAUUAUAUAUUACACAACCUGUAUGUUGUGGGUGAGGGGGGGGGGGACUUUGCAGAACUCCAUCCAGGUUUAACUUGCUGCAGAUAUGCACACAAGUAGUUUUUUAAAGCGAAGCACAAUUUUAACAGACAUCCAGAUGUUUUCACUUUCAUGGUUUAGAUAAUUUGGUGAAACUGGUGGUUUGUAUAAAACUAAUUGCUGGUGUUGCUGGUUGUGUCCACAGAUAUCAGCAGUUCACCGAGUGAUUAAAAUGUUGUCUGUGUUAUGCCUAAAAGGGUCAUUGGAUCUGGGUUGUACAGAAAAAAUUGUUGAGUAAUUCUAACACUAAAGACCGAGAUGUUCUUCAAACCCAACUACAGUUAAAUUUGAGGUCAAACAUCAUCUCAUGUUGCCACAGUAAAAAAAAAAAGACAGUAUGUUGUCAAAGAAAUAACCACCAUGAUCAAAGUUGUCAUUUUUCCAUGAAAUUUCAUUUAUCAGUGUUUUACAAUAUUGCAGUCUGUCUUAACAUUGUGGACGUGUGGUAACUGGUGGUAGAAUAUGGAGUGGAAAAAUGUGAGCUAGCGUGAGUUUAACACUAAUAAUCCAUGUUCUUUUGAAAAGACGUGACUCUGUGGGACUGUGCUUGGUUUUGGAGAAGAUACAGUACAUGUAUGUAUUAGUCUGUUUAUUUUUUAUAUUACUGUACAUAGACUCUACAGCAUGUGUAGACAUCAUGUAUUUCUUGUUUAUUUGAUAUGAAAAAAAAAAUGUUCUUAUGGCUUGUAUGAAACCAAGUUUGAAUAUUUGUAACAUACAUCAAUGUAUAAUAGAAGACAAUGUAUGUGUGUAUUCAUGUGAUCCAGCAGGCCUACCACAAUCAUGGCAGCUAAGUGUACGACAAGAGGCCUUUGUUGGAGAUGUAAUACUUUGGAGUGCUGUACUCUGUUUAGAAUGGAAAGUGUUUGUUUGUGGAGAAGAGUGAGUCUGUUUGAGAGCAGCUGGGGUCCACAGCAUCUAUCAGUUAUUAUUAUUUAACUAUUUAGUUUAUUCCAAAACGGCUGAAAAAUAGAUUGUGCCACCGAUGCAGCCAACCAUCGGUGGUUUCAGAGUCAGCUACAGAUGUUUUUCAGUUUUUUAUCUUGUAGACCUGAGCAUCAAAUGAAAGCACAAUAUAACUUUCAACUGGAGCCCUUUUUAUAUUUGUUUUAUUGUAUUUUAACUGUUUACGGUACUUUUUUUUAUUGGUUCCAUGAGUAAGAUACAUGUCAGUGAAUCCUCAACUCAAUUAUCUGUUCAUUUCAACUGGAAAAUCUAACCUGAAUCCUCCCUAAACAAAAUUUUUUUUGAUAUUUUUGUUGUAAAAGAUACACUGUGAUUUUGUCAUGGUAACUCCAAAUCCCUAAGCUUUCCUCCAGCUCAACCUGAGAUAUAUCCAGGUUACUUCAUUCUUGAUGUUAGAAAUAGUACUUAUAGCAAAACACUCUUUACUCAAGGUCCACUUACUAGCUUUUUCCAGAGCUUUCAACCGUCAUCACCUGACCAAAGUAUGGAACUUAAGUUACGUGAUAACAGUUGUUUGUUUGUAACGUUGUCCAAAGAUGGUCUUUGGUUUGUUUGGCUGAAAGCUCUGGAAGCUAGUAAAUGGACCUUGAGUUAUGAUUAUAUUGUCUGAAAUUCAAUUUCUGUGGUUGACAAAUACAUUUCAGUGGCUGAGUCAAGAGCUGAGAGGAAAUGUGAGGGGUUUGGAGACACUAAUGGUGGUGCUAACAAUCAGAGUGGGUUUCUUAAAGUGACUGUUCAUUCUAGAUGUGAUUUUUAGCCCUGUAAACAUCUUUCCAGAAACAACUGAGAUUGUUUAAAGAUGUGUUCUGUUUCUUUCUUAUUACUUUUAGAAGACAUCAGUACAUGGUAGCUCUGCUGGUUUUAUGUUUUGUUUACAGAUGUUUGAUAUUGUACAGUAUACAUACUGUAUGUAUUUGUAAAGUGUGCAGGACUAAACGGUUGAUAUGGUUGAACAGGCUUAAGAAAUUGCACCUCAUACGUUAGACAGCUUUGAAUUAAUGGUCUCAUAUUGACCCACAACACAUUAACAUGUACUGUACAUGUCAUCCCUGAUUUGCUGUCCUCUUACUGUGUGCUUCAGAGACAUCUGUAGAAAGGUAACAGAGGAGAGGAAACAGUAAAUCUGACAGAAUCACUACUUGGGAAUAACUGAGUAAUCAGGGGUUGAAGAAUGUUUGUAGGGCUGAGUAGCACUCAAAACUUUUACAUACCGGUGCCAUUAUGAUACCCAAGUUAUCAAAAUGAAAACUAUUUAGUAUUUUUUUUGGGGGGGGGGGGGGUUUCCACCUCUUGUAACUUACACAUACUGUACUGGUGCUGAAAAAAGUAAUUUAUGUUGAUUUGAUAUAGUGAGCUCAACUAUGUGAUGUGAUUACACGAUAUCUUACCAACAAUACCAACAGUGUUUUCAUCUCUGUGCCAGAAUAGUUUAUACCCACAGGCCUCAUUCGUGCAUGAACCAGAUUGAUAUUCAUGUGUGUAAAAAAAUACAUAUAGAAUUUCUAGGACAAUAAUAACCUUUUUCUAACUUUUCAUGUGAUGAGUUUCUAUAUUGCCACUUUUACAAGUUAUCAAUUUAAGAUGCCAUGUAUUGUAUCUUGUAUCUAGUAUCUUGUAGAGACAAGGUCACCAUAUGAUGCGUUAUAUACUGUUUGUUUCAACUUUGUCAUCAUAUAAAACAAAACCAGCUCAUUAAUUGGAAGUGCUGUAACUCUGACAUUACAUCACUCUUUUGUAAACACUUGCUAUGUCAAAAUAAACUGCUCUUGAAGAUUU